UUCCAGAAUUCAUGGCGAGUCACAUUUACGAAUAGAGCUUAAAAAAACUGAAGGUCCAUUGAGAAGUCAAGAAAAUAGCGAAGGUGUAGAAAAUUUCGCUAACGUAAUUACAGAAUUAUUGGUGCAAAUAGAAACUCAAAAUGGGGAAAUAAUUGAGUUAAAAAAAAGAAUAGGCAAAUAUUGUGAAGAGAUAACUAGAUUAGAGGAUCUGUACUAA